UCCAAGAAACGGGAACGGUACUGGGUAUGUGAUCAGACCAGAGAUCAGACACACACACACACACACACGCAUACACUUAAACCCACACCCUUUCACUACGGAGCAGCACAAACACUCGGACAGAAGAUGCCCCCGAAAAUCCGCUGCACACGCCGACUACGGUCAUGGAUGGUGGAACAGGUGAGCAGUGGCAAGUAUCACGGCCUCGUAUGGGACGAUGAUGAGAAGACGAUGUUCCGUAUCCCGUGGAAACACGCCGCAAAACACGACUUCCGCAGUGACGAGGACGCCGCCAUCUUUAAGGCAUGGGCUGAGUUUAAAGGGAAGCUGUCUGAGAAUGACCCUGCUGGUCCUGCUUCAUGGAAAACACGUCUGCGCUGUGCUCUGAAUAAAAGUACUGAGUUUCAAGAGGUCACUGAAAGGUCACAGCUCGACAUCUCUGAGCCGUACAAAGUCUACCGGCUCGUCCCGCUCGAUGAACAAGGACUGACCGUGGUGAAGCGAGAAGACGAGGAGAAAGACGUGAGGAAGAGCAAACUGAGAAAGAGGAGGAGCAACUUGGCGAUAUGCAACGAGAGUCCAAAGAAACGGAUUAAAGAGGAGGCGGUGGCUGUUCAGAGCAUCAGCGUGGAAUUCGACGCCGCUACAGGAAAUGACAUCGAACUUCACCCAGAUCAACAAACAGAGUGUACUGAUAUGAUAAAGAGAGACGGAGUCAUUGAUGAGAUACAGUUGAACCUCACGUUGGAAACCGACGCUCCUCCUGCACAUGUCCGAGAAUGUCCCUCGUUCCUAAUCAGGGUUUACUACCUCGGACUGGAGGUGCUUAAAAGAGAGGUGAUGAGCGACGACGUUCGCAUUGCGUUCGUCCCGCCAUCUCCAGCUCCGCCCUUGGCGAACGGCUUCAGUUUCCCUCGGGUUCCUCUACCUGCUCCUCCUACCUCGGAGCUCUCUCCUGAUCAGAUCGACUCCAUUUCCACCCUCCUGCCGUUCAUGAGCAACGGCAUUGUUCUUACCACUUCGAGUCGAGGGGUUUACGCCAAACGUCUGUGUCAGGGAAGGGUUUUCUGGAGGGGACCUCACACGCUGACAGACACGGCGAGCAAGAUGGAGAGGGGCGUGAAGCCGGCGCUGAUCUUUAACAAACAAUUCUUCAAACAGGAGUUGGAGCAGUUCCAAAACGGAGGGAAACUACCUGAAACUGAGAUCACACUCUGUUUUGGAGAGGAACUUUUGGAAGGAGAUGAUCUUUCUAAGAAACUCAUCAUUAUUAAGAUCGGUCUUCCCUGGGCUGAGAAGCAGAUCCAGUUUCAGUCGCUGACAGACUCCAUCUCCUUGCUUCAAAGCUUGGCUCAGCAGUCUCCAUCAGGAGAAAUCACGCUCAAUCUUGUGGAGUUUUCUGAACAGACACUCACUGUGCACUAACUUAGCAUCGAUCUGCUCUAGUCUGUGUGAUGUCUGCAGAAAAGUUUGUGAGGGAUUUCGAGUACGCACUACACGGAGCAUUUCAAGUUCCUCCUUUCACGACAUUAUGCAUCUUCAAAACUAUCAACAAACCCGAUUUUUUUUAUUGUAAAACACUAAUACACGGGGAAAAACCCAACACAUCAUUGCUAAUUCACCUUAGCAAUUUUAUUGACUUUUGCAAAUGUCCUUGUUUAGAGGAGAUCUUUUUCAUGAGUACAAAAAAACAACAACCAUUCAAAUUGGCAUUAUUAUAUCAUUAUGAUGAUCAGCACAUCAGGAAUUGUUUUUUUUUCUUCCUGGACAACAUUUUUUUAAUUUAUUAAGCGAUGGCACAGUGCAAGUUUUAUACGUUGAUGGUUAUAUGUACUGUUAGUUCCUGUUCUCAUGCACAUUAUAGCCCCUGUAGAAGGUCGUCCCUUUGCCAGUCUGUCUCCAUUUUACGCCUUUUGAAAAGUGAAUUAAACAGACCAACACUCUUUCUAUAAAUGUUAAAUAAAUGUCUUAUCCCAAUGACACAUUUCUAUGCUUCAUGACCACAUUACUAAUCUAUUUUUGGAAGCAUUUGUGUGGAACAUCUGCCAUUACUUAUGCGAUAAUAGUGUGUUAGAUCCAUAACCUGUGAUCUGAUCUAUGGAUAUUGCUGCUUUUAUAGAAAAGAAAUCAACCUCUUCUAAAUAAUCAGUGUAGGAAAUUUGAACAUGCUGUGGUAAAAAAAAUAUAUACACUUGAUUUCACUGUAUGCAUUUAAGCACAAAUUUGUUUGCCUAUGAUUUGUAAAUCAUAUAGUGCAGGUUUAAUGCGAACAGGAAUCAACCUAAAUUGUUUGGUUUUUCGAUACAUGUCGUUGCUAAUUUUGCUAAAAUUUAACAUUGGAGGUCAUGCGCCACUUCUGUGUACCAACAGAUGGCACUGUUGCUAAAUUUUGUUGCAAGUCAAAAAGGGUGAAGAAUUUACACUAAAGUACAUCAUCUAUGGAAGUCCUAAGAUGAUAUGCAUUUUUUUGUUGUUGUUUUCUCACGAUUGUAAAUAUUUUUGGCGUAUAUCGUGGAGUACGUAUCGGCGUCUGAAAUCUCUAUUUCGAGUUACUAAUUUCGCUCUUAUGCCGAAUACACAGAAAAAAUUAAUAAAUAAAUAAAUAAUGAUCACAAGGAAA